CUCCUCCCUGCCCCCCUCCCUCCGGAGCUCUCCUGCCGGUCGCUUCACAUUCUCCUCCAUGUUCCUGUGCGCGUUUCUGGCUGAAAACCCCGCAGCACCACCACUGUCGACUUUCGGGCCAGAACGCGGAGGAUGUCCGGCGGACAGCGGCUUGUUGUUGUGACCGGCGGGACUGGGCCACGCGCGGCCGCAGAGGCGCGCCGCCGCGGGGGGAACUGAGGCGCUGCCAUGGUGGGACGUUCUGCUCCACCAAAGUUGGAGUUGUAAGAAGUAUGAGCCGCUUCUGCAGAGCUGUGGAUUUCUCUGGGACUGCGUCAGCCUGAACAGCGUGGUGGGCCUGAAGAAACCCCCCCCCUCCGAACCGCCACCUCUUUUUCAGUCCCUCACCAGAACCACCUUGGUUUGAGGUCCUCCCCUCAGUCAGGCAGGCAGACCAAUCAUGACGGAGAGAGCGUCCUUCAGCACCCCUAAAACUGCCCCAAGGCCAACUGCAGCCCCCCUGCUCCCCCCCGAGCCCAUCGAUAUUAUCCGCACCAAGGCCCGGUCCCGGCGGGUCCGACUGAAUGUGGGAGGUCUCAUUCACGAAGUGCUGUGGAGGACUCUGGACCGACUGCCCCGGACUCGCCUGGGACGGCUGCGGGACUGCAACACUCACGAGUCGCUGCUGGAGAUCUGUGACGACUACAGUCUCCCCGAGAACGAGUACUUUUUCGACCGGCACCCCAUGGCCUUCUCCUCCAUCCUGAACUUCUACAGGACAGGGAAGCUGCACAUGAUGGAGGAGAUGUGCGCUCUGUCCUUCGGCCAGGAGCUCGACUACUGGGGAAUCGACGAGAUCUACUUGGAGUCUUGUUGCCAGGCCAGAUACCACCAGAAGAAGGAGCAGAUGAACGAGGAGCUGAGGAGGGAGGCGGAGACGCUGCGGGAUAAGGAGGGGGAGGUGGAGGACCAGGGCUGCUGUCCCGAUAAGAGACAGAAGCUGUGGGACCUGCUGGAGAAGCCCAGCUCCUCAGUGGCUGCAAAGAUUCUGGCUGGGAUCUCCAUUCUCUUCAUCAUCAUUUCCACCAUCUCUUUAUCCCUCAACACUCUCCCUGAGCUUCAGGUCGUGGAUGAGUUUGGUCAGUUCAGCGACAACCCCAGUCUGGCACACGUGGAGGCCAUUUGCAUUGCCUGGUUUACCAUGGAGUACUUGCUCCGCCUGCUCUCAGCUCCCGACAAGUGGGAUUUCAUCAAAGCUCCGCUGAACAUCAUCGAUUUACUGGCUAUUCUGCCUUACUAUGUGACCCUCUGCCUAACGGAAUCCAACAAGAGUGUGAUGCAGUUUCAGAACGUGCGCCGUGUGGUCCAGAUCUUCCGGAUUAUGAGGAUCCUUAGAAUCCUAAAACUUGCGAGGCACUCUACAGGCCUGCAGUCUCUGGGUUUUACUUUGCGAAGAAGCUACAAUGAGCUGGGUCUGCUCAUCCUCUUUUUAGCAAUGGGCAUUAUGAUCUUCUCCAGUUUGGUGUUCUUUGCUGAGAAAGACGAAGAUUCCACCAAGUUUACCAGCAUCCCUGCGUCCUUCUGGUGGGCCACCAUUACAAUGACAACUGUUGGGUAUGGAGACAUUUAUCCACAAACCCUGUUGGGCAAGAUCGUAGGGGGACUCUGCUGUAUAGCUGGAGUGCUGGUCAUUGCUCUCCCCAUCCCCAUCAUCGUCAACAACUUCUCUGAGUUCUAUCGAGAGCAAAAGAGGCAAGAGAAGGCCAUCAAGAGGAGAGAAGCUCUAGAAAGAGCCAAGCGAAGUGGAAGCAUUGUUUCCAUCAACCUAAAAGAUGCGUUUGCUCGUAGUAUGGAACUCACUGACAUCUUAGUGGAAAAACGAGAGGACAGUAAAUGUCCAGUUGACAACCACCUGUCCCCGAGUCGUUGGAGCUACCACAAGCAUUACUCCAACACAGAGACGUGCAGCCCUGGAAAGUCCCAACACUACCAAGAAGUCUUCCAGCAGCCCUCCCCUGGGCGAGGAAAACUGUCCCCUAACAGAGCCACUGCACAACCCUUCAGCAUUAGGGAGGCAGAGGACGGUUCGAGAAGAACAACUAACAUCACAGGAGAGCGAGAAAAAAUGAUGCAGGAGCAGAUGGGCAUUCAGGUUUUGACCUCCUUCCAAACACCUAAACAGGGUUCUGCUGGAAAAGGCUCCAACAUGGCUGACGAGCUGUCUUUGGAGAGGGGAGAAAGGAGCUCUCUUCUCCCAAGGGUUGAAGGAGGUCAGACUGCUCCCAGGCAGCAGCGCAUCCCCCCUCCUUUGGAUCUAAGUAAGAUCAGCGCCACUGAAGCCAAUCUGUGUUCAGACAUCAUCCGGCCAGGAGCCAUCAUCAAAGAGGGCUUGUAUGAGUUUUUGUCCAAUCCCAAAGAAGGACCUUUGACCUUACAGGGCUCAGACAGCUGUUCUGUGGCAGCCGACAGCGUCUGCAGCUCUGCGCAGGACCACAGCGGCCCUCACAAAAGGAAAGUCCUCAAGGUGGAUUUCAUUGAAUCCCAUGAUGACAUUCUUAUGGCAGUGAUGACUCCUGUGGCCACCUCAGCCCCCGUCGGUUCAGCAACGUUUGACGAACUGCUUUCUGAUGACAUGAUUUCCAGAAUCUCUGCCUCUCCCAGCUCUGUGACACACGACGCAAAUCCUCAACCCUCGUCUCUGGCCCCGCAACCUGUCAGUCCAGGCAGCCCUCAGGGGGGAGGGGAGGGCUCAGUGGCCAGGAGCUUAGAAGGUGAAGGACAGCUCAUGGGUUUAAGUCAUCAAGGGAAAAAUCACAUGGAGAAGUCUGCUGUUGUCUCCAGCAGUGGUUUCAGCCCACUGGCAUGUAAAAGCGCCGCAGUCAACUGCUCUCAGGAAAUGGUAACAAUGGAAAGAGCAAAUGAUGGAGCUGAACAGGAAGAAGAAGCACAGACUGGGGACAAAGGAGAAAAUCAUAUUGCUGUUGAUGGAAGCCUGUCACCAGCUUGUGAAACUAGCAUGUGAGCUCAGAAGGAAAGACUGAAUGACAGAGACGUGCUCAGACACCAUCACCUGAACUGUAAUGGCACAGCUGUUUUCCUGGAGAGAAAAACACUCGUCUCAUUCCAGAGGGGAAGUGUGCUGCUGAAAGAUUACGCCGCUGACGCGUGCCAUCCAGAAGCUCAAGUCUACGCCUUCUGGUUCUACUAAAACCAGCACAAGCGUGUGGUCUUCCCAUGCUGUGACACUCAGGCUGAAGGAAAACAAGGCCUGGGCUUAGUGGUCUGAUUUGUGAACAUCCUCAGGAUCAGGUGUCAAUCAUGCCUGCUUCAAAGCCAAUUGAUCAAAAUGAACACCAAAGAAAGAGACAGCACAAAAAUACUUAUUUUUUAUAUUAAUCAAAGCAAAUUAAAAAAAAACUUUUCUUCAGGUUUUUAAAAUUACAAACAAAUUAUGGACCUCAUUAACACUGCUGUCACUCAGUCAAAACAUGAUUAUAUUAUGAAAAAAAAAAGAAACACAACAAGGGGUUGGUAUUUGUUUUGUCUUAUGGCUCUUUAGAUACUUGUUUACUUUUUGCUUUUAUUGCUAUUUUUUUCUAUCACAUUUACCCGCAGUGACUGCAGGAUUUCCAGUCAAAGAUACAGAAAACAAAGAUUGACCUUUGUUUAUAUGCACAACAUAUUGCACACCAUUCAGAUCCUAAAUAAGAGGACACCCGUUCAACAGGGGGGGCUCCAUGCUGUUGGGGGGAGAACUGUGGCCCACCACAAAUGUUGUAGUCAUGUUUGGAUUCCUUCUUUGUGGGUUUCACCAGCUGUAACCUACUGUCCUCAGGCAUGUGGUUUCACUCUUACUGGUAACCCAUCUGUGUAGGCAGAUGGAUGGAUGGAUGGAUGGAUGGAUGGAUGGAUGGAUGGAUGGAUGGAUGGAUGGAUGAACAGGUAAAAGUAUGGGUGGGUGGAUAGUUGGAUGGGUGGAUGAAUGGAUCAAUGAACAAGUAGAUGUAUGGACAGAUUGAAUGGAUGGACGGACAGAGGGACUCGAUGUUGGCAUGGAGAAGAAUGCCGUACGCGUUGGUGUGUUCUUCCGGGCAAGAAGAUCAAACAUGAAGAAGUGCUGUAAGAAUUUUUUUUCUGGUCUCUGUGAGACUAUUUCUUAAGGGAUUGCUCUGUUGCAUCUGAAACUGGGCCUGACUGAGUACCACUGAGCAAACUAGAGUCAGUAUUGCACUUACAGCAGCACGUGGAAGCUGUGAGUGACUUUAUUAAACACAAUGAAACACCCUUAACUCACAGUGAGGGAGAAGGUUCCCCUUAGCAGGAGGGAGCUUUGACAGGGAGCACAAGAACACGUUUGCUUAACAAAGGGUAAUAGUGCCCCCUACUGGCAUUCUUAUGAUACAGUGAUUCUCCAUUUUUCUGCAACCAGCAGCAUCUUUGUUUGUUUUAAUGCUGAUCAGCUAAGUGUCAGUCAGUAUCAGUCAGUUCAUAAUGGACCAAUCACAGGCUGAUAGCAUGGGUCACUUUCCAGACAAGAUCAAGAGACUUCUGCAGAGUUGUGGAAGUUUGAAACCCUGUGCCUUUUCAUAAAUUCAUUUAUGAGAAGGUGGAAGAAUACUUGUAAAAAAACAACUAUUUUCUUUUUUUUUGGUCUUUUCCUUCUUUUUGAUUGUUCUUGUGUAGAUGUUUUGUUUUCACAUCCUAAGGUUUGUAGAAUUCCUGCGUUGUUUUAUUGUUCUACCUGCUUUGUUCUGAUCUGCUCAGACCUCAGCUCAAAUAGUGGUCAUGGUGUUGUCCCAUCAUUCCUGCACAUCAUGCUUGGUAAAAGGCAGUGAAACUCAUUGAGUCAUGGGAUUAGAAUGAGCACUGUUGUCAUAGGGAGGUCCCAACAUCACUGUUUAUGAUACUGUGGAGUUGCAAACAACAAUUGGACUUAGAUGAUAGAUCUUGAGUGUGGACGUGAUCCAGCAGUAACUUCUUAGUCCUUUCCGCAGCCUUUGCCAAGUGCUCCACUCCUAAAAAGCACAAAUAAAAAAAUACCGUAAAAAAACUGUACAGAAAAAUUAAUCUAAAUGUUAUUUUUAUGUAGAAAGAAGCUGAGACCAAGUGAGAAACAUCGCUGUGUCCAGCAGCACAACUGUUCAAAAAUCGCUUGAUAGUCAGCAAUAAUCAUCGCACUCUUUGUCAUGUUACUGAUACUGUUAAUAGAAAGUAGGAACCAGAGCUGGGCCAUUUUAGUGUGAGGCCAGCUCUAACAAAAACUUUCCAUUAUGUGAAUAAAGGCUGGGAUGUUCUGCAAACAUCAACAAUACCUGAGCUGAUGGUUUUCCUAGAAUCCCUUCAAGUCUCUCACAGGUUUUCCGUGUUCUCGUCUGCUGAUGGUGACAUCUGUCAGUCAUGAGAACGGUGUCCCAAAAGGGUCACGAAGAUCAAGACCGAGCCUGUGUGACAGUGACAGCUCUGUUAACAGCUCAGACUGUUGCUCCUUGAACGGUCAUCGUCUAAAAAGGUACCACCGCGAAGUAUAGGUCCUCUGGAAAACAUCAUUUCUCAGCUACAGAACAGGAAAUAGGCAAUGCUCAACCUCAGGCUUUCAAAGUGUUUUUACUUUUGCCUCAAUUGAAUGUCCACAUGAAUAAAAGCACGUGUCGUAGUGUGUCCUAAAAGUUGGUGUGCAUUGCUGCAGCAUGAUAACACAGAUGGGUCACAUUACAGUCCUCCACCCAUAUCUUCAGGUUGUUUGACUGUAGCGCGCAGUCACCAUGACCGUAGAGAAUUGUUGUCAGGAAACUGUUGUUUCCUGAAUGCUGAUUAAAUAAAAAUCUUAAUGGAGGUGA